AAGAUUUUUAAAAUAAUGUGUAAGUCCCUGUUCCAGCUGGAGGGGGCGCCCACGUGCAUUUUCAUUGUUUCCUUCUGCACAUUGUUGCUGAACCGCGUCAAUGAUCGAUCAGUGAGUCGCUGCCGUAGAAGAAGAAACAAGAGCCUCAUCUCGUCUGAAGAAAGGUUUGGUACAUCCGGGUCACGGCGCAGAGACGCAGCCGCUUCGUUUGUCUUCACUUGUAGCAGCAAUAAAGGAAUAAAGAAGUGGUUCAAAAUGUCUGACGAGGAGGAUGCAGCUCCGCCCAUGAAGAGGGGUCGUGUUUUCUACGGAAGCCUGGAGGAGAAAGAGCGGGAGCGGUUGAGCUUAGAGAUGGUGAGCAGCACUACUGGAAACGAUGCGGUGAAGGCGGGGAUUGAGGCAGGAAACAUCAACAUCUCAUCAGGAGAGACACUGGAGAUGGAAGAGCGAGUCAGCGAGCGGCAACAUGAAGCGCUGGCUGAGUUUGAGCGGCGGCGGCGUGCGCGUCAGAUCACCGUCUCCACCGACGACACCGAGGUGAAAGCUGGGCUUCGGGCUCUCGGCGAGCCAAUCACAUUGUUCGGAGAGGGACCAGCUGACCGCCGGGAGAGGUUGCGUGGCGUUCUCUCUGUUGUUGGUCCAGAUGCCCUGAAAAAGUCCAGAAAAGAUGAAGAGCGAGCAAAAAGAUCACAGGAAGAGUGUCAGCAGACGUGGUACCAUGAAGGCUCCGCCUCCCUGAAGGAUGCCCGGCUCUGGUUGGCCAAAUACUCUUUGCCUCGGGCAGUAGAGCGUCUGGAGGCUGCGCGAGCUCAGAAGGACGUCGCCGAUGCAACGAGGGUGAUGCGACAACAAGAGCUACACAAGAGUCUGAGGAAUCUGAACAACUUCUGCAGUCAGAUCGGUGACGAUCGACCAAUCAGCUUCUGCCAUUUCAGCCCCGACUCCAAGAUGCUGGCCACUGGCUCCUGGAGUGGUCUGUGUAAGCUGUGGUCCGUCCCCGACUGCAACCUGAUUCGUACACUCAGAGGACACAACACCAACGUCGGCGCCAUCGUCUUCCGCCCACAGGCUGGAGUCUCUCUCGACCAAUCAGAUGUGAGCUUGGCCUCAUGUGCUGCUGAUGGGUCUGUGAAGUUGUGGAACCUCGAGAGUGACGAGCCUGUGGCGGACAUCGAGGGUCACAGUGAGCGAGUGUCCCGUGUGUCGUGGCAUCCAUCUGGAAGGUUCCUUGGAACGACGUGUUAUGAUAACUCGUGGCGCCUCUGGGAUCUGGAGGUUCAGGAGGAAAUUCUCCAUCAGGAAGGUCACAGCAAGGGAGUCCACGACCUCCACUUCCACCCCGACGGCUCACUGGCUGCUACUGGAGGCCUGGAUUCCUUCGGCAGGGUGUGGGACCUUCGGACUGGACGUUGUGUUGUUUUCCUCGAGGGUCACCUGAAGGAGAUCUACAGCCUGCACUUCUCUCCCAACGGAUAUCACCUGGCAACAGGAAGUGGUGAUAACACCUGUAAGGUUUGGGAGCUGAGAAACAGGAAGUGCUUGUACACAGUCCCCGCCCACCAGAACCUACUUUCUUCAGUCCGCUUUCAACCCACAGACGGCCACUUCCUGUUGACUGGAGCAUACGACAACACAGCUAAGGUUUGGAGUCACCCUGGUUGGACGCCACUGAAGACGCUCGCUGGACAUGAGGGGAAGGUGAUGGGAGUCGACGUGUCACCUGACGGGAAAUUGAUAGCCACCUGUUCCUAUGACCGCACCUUCAAACUCUGGGUAUCUGAGUGAUGUCAUCAUUAAUGGGAUGUCGCAGCAGAAGCUGAACUUUUCAUUUAAUAAAAGUGAGUAAUAGCUGGACUUUGUGUAGUUUAAUAAAAAUUAUCAUUUUUAAA